AUGUUGGACUCGGACACAAUGAUAGCUCUUCUCGACGCUUAUCUUGUGUUCCUUCUUCCGCCAUAUUGGCCAAUGUUUGCCUUAGGCGCUGCUGCUUUGUAUGCACUGUGGCUGUGCCUCAGUUACGAGGCCGCUCGCAAACAACGUCAAGCAGUGGCAUCCCCGCACCCACCACCUCAUGGUUCGUCUGAGGUGGUAAUUUUGGACAAAGAAAUUGUUGUGAAUGUUGAGGAGGUCGGUAACGAAAAGGAAGCAGGAGUCCUCGAACCACUCCUUGUUUUCAGGCCGCAAAUUCAAACCAUAUCGUCAGUCACACAGUCACUGGCGAGUGCCACUCUUGGUGCUCCUGAAACAUAUGAGGCC